UAUGAGGAGGGAGCGGGCGCGCGCCUCCAUGGUACGGAUUACCCGCGGUUUGGAUCGUCGUCCUUAGCAACAUUGGGGCUCGUGUUGCAGCAGCUGCGCGCGUAUCAAAGGCUCUCAUUCGUGCUGCAGGUCAGACCGACGGGAGCUUUGUGAAUGUGAACCUCACUCAAUACACCGGAAUCCCGUCUUUUGGCGCAUUCGGAGCGGUUCUGGAUUCCAGCCGUAUGUGUCGAUCCACUUCAAGAUGAUGCACUGAGGAAAAAAAGCCCACAGCCCACAGUUUGUCUUCACCUCCGCCUGCAGUGAUUAGAGGGAUUGCGGCAUUCGUUGGUCGUCGCUCAUCGGGCUUUCGUCGCCUUUUAUUACCGGGACCGGGAGAACGGUGCUAUCUCGCCCUGUACUCGGCGACAAUAUAAUGGCCACUCUACUGCGGAAGAUCGGUCUCAUUCGUCUACACGACCGAGACACCGAGGACCCCAAACACCACCAGGGAUCUCUAAAAGGGACGAAGGGCCACCAGAAAAACAACGCCAAGCACUGUCAGACCACCAACGAGACCAACAUCCUGAGUACCCCCGAGAUCAAGGCCAAGAAGCUGGACCUGCACAGCAAGGACAAGGAACGUCCCGGGAAGGAGAAGCAGCAGCAACAGCAGCAGCAGCAGCAGCAGCAGACGGCGGGAGGAGGAGGGGUCCUCGGCGGCGCCUCGAUACCCCCGCACCGGCAGCACUGCACCCAGGUCCGGACGCGGCGGCUCAUGAAGGAGCUGCAGGAGAUCCGGCGGUUAGGGGACAACUUUAUCACGGUAGAACUGGUGGACGACAACCUCUUCGACUGGAAUGUCAAGUUGCACCAGGUGGACAAAGACUCUGCGCUGUGGCAGGACAUGAAGGAGACGAACACCGAGUUCAUCCUGCUGAAUGUCACUUUCCCCGACAAUUUCCCCUUCUCGCCGCCGUUCAUGCGGGUGCUCACCCCCCGCCUGGAGAACGGCUACGUGCUGGACGGGGGCGCGAUAUGCAUGGAGCUGCUCACACCCCGCGGCUGGUCCAGCGCCUACACCGUGGAAGCCGUUAUGAGGCAGUUUGCCGCAAGCCUUGUAAAAGGACAGGGACGUAUCUGCAGGAAAGCGGGGAAGUCCAAGAAGGCCUUCAGCCGCAAGGAGGCAGAGGCCACCUUUAAGUCCCUGGUGAAGACCCACGAGAAGUACGGCUGGGUCUCCCCUCCCGUGUCAGACGGCUGAGGCUUCUGCACCCCCCCCCCCGGCCCCCCCCCCCCUGUGACCUCCCCCCCUCCCCGUAUCUCACCUCCUCCCCCCCUCCUCCCCCGUGGAUACAAGACCUCAUCGACAAGCAAACGAUGACAUCAUCAUGCUAACUCAACGCCACUCUUUCAUCAUAUAAAAAAAUCUCGAUGGGGGUGUGUGUGUGUGUGGGGGGGGGGGGGGGGGGGGGGGCUUUCUGCGGUUUAUAUCGUUUUCAUUGGGACUCAUUUUUGCAAAGAACGAAGAAGGAAAAACCUCGGAGCACCGGACGGAGUCUCGUUCCUCCUCCGGCUGCCCCUCUGCCUUCGGUCAGGUGACCCAAGGGCCGUCUCAUCAUUGGCUAUUUAUUAUUAUUAUUUUAUUUUAUUUUUUGCCGACAAACAGGAAUAGCAGGACCCAUGUGAUCUCACCGCCUGGUUACCCAUGUGACCUCACCAGCUGGUGACCCGAAAGACAAUUGAAUGAAAGAAAUUGCUCCGCCAUCUUUUUCUCCCCCCCCUCUCCCUCCCCCCCCCCACCCACCCACAAUGCACAGAGCACUCAGGCGACAUCACUUCCUGUCGUCGUGCUACUUGUUCUGGUCACAUUUGCAUAUAAAUAAUGUUGUUAGUAUUUAAUAGAUGGGCAAGUGCACUAGUGAUUUUACGCUCUCAUCUGCCCCCCCUCCCUCCCCCUCCUUUCUCUACUUCAUUUUGACCUGGCCGUUGUUCACACUUCAAUGCAACAUGAUGAUUGUAAUUCCUAUGGAGCUGUGCUCUCUCUCUCUCUCUCUCUCUCUCUCUCUCUCUCUCUCUCUCUCUCUCUCUUUCUCUCUCUCUUUCUCUCUCUCUCUCUCUCUCUCUCUCUCUCUCACUCUCUUGUUUCGUUGCGCUCCAUCUCUUUUGUGGCUAUAUUUAGAGCUCACUGUUUGGUAGUUAAAUAUCGAUUUCUCAUUGAGAAAGAGUCACACAUUGCUAUAUGCAGAGAAUGUCUGUCAAUCCCUGCUCUCUCUCUCUCUCUCUCUCUCUCUCUCUCUCUCUCUCUCUCUCUCUCUCUCUCUCUCUCUCUCUCUCUCUCUCUCUCUCUCUCUCUCUCUCUCUCUCUCUAUUUCCUAUUCUCUCUUUCCUCUCAUAUUAAUGUGUGUGUAGGAGAGGAAGGAGAAAUGUUAUUCCCAUGAUUUAUAUACCAGAUGGUACAGCUGAUGGCUAGGCUUCAGCGCCCGUGUUUGUGUACGCAUGUUUGUGUGUGUGGCUGUCUGUGUGUGUGUGUGUGUGUGUGUGUGUGUGUGUGUGUGUGUGUGUGUGUGUGUGUGUGUGUGUGUGUGUGUGUGUGUGUGUGUGUGUGUGUGUGUGUGUGUGUGUGAGACAGCUAGGGAGACAACCCUUUAACAAAAAGAAAAGAUUAUUUACCGUGGAUGACGACAAGUGCUUGCAGAAAUGGCUGUUUUUCUGUCUUGUUAUGUCAUGUCUGUGCGUCUCGGGCUAACAACCACAGACAAACACACAUACACACACACACACACACACACGCCUAGAUGAACACACGCAAGCAGGGACCCACCAUGUAGACACACACACAUACAUACAGAUAUACCACACAAACACGCAAUGCUCAGCGGGUUGCAUCACUGAUCGCACACGGUGCACCUGCUGCAGGCCCCGGCCCACACGCACGCAGGAGUACCUCUGGAGACCGGCUUCAGGGGUCUCCAGACAGGGUGGGGGGGGGGCGGGGGGCGGUGCUUAAUCAAUGUGGCUGUGGUGUCGGUUGUAUUUACAUCUACAGCCAUUAAGCACCGAUAUCAAUCUGUUCCGUCCCAGUAGCGACACGGCAUGUGCAGAACCCUCCUGCUCCCCCAUCUGUGUGCGCGCGCGUGUGUGUUUGCGUGCGCGCGUGCGUGUGUGUGUGUGUGUGUGUGUGUGUGUGUGUGUGUUGUUUACCUCAGCUACUACUGCAAGUCAGUUAAAUGUCAAAGAGGAAGCUGCUAAUUGGCCUGACAUUUCUGCAGAGCUCCUUUCGAGGAAGGAGAGGGAGAGGGAAGAGUGACAUUUGUCACUCCCCUCUCCCAUGGCAGCAGGGGAGCGACUAAAUCACGACAGAGGCCCCCUGCAUCGCUGUAUGCCCCCUGAAACAAACACGCUGUUCCCAUGGUACUUCCUGAUUGGCUUUGGCUGCUAUCAGUUUUCAACAUUAGCCAAUCCAAAGCCAGAACUGUCCAAAAUGCCUGUACGUAUGUGUUACUGUGUGUGUGUGUGUGUGUGUGUGUGUGUGUGUGUGUGUGUGUGUGUGUGUGUGUGUGUGUGUGUGUGUGUGUGUGUGUGUGUGUGUGUGUGUGUGGUACACGCCCUCUUUGUUAAAAAAAAGAAAAGAGAAACAUAGCACCAUCUGGUAUGUGGUCAUGUGUGUUUGUCCUCUAUUAACUUGGCGCUUCAUUUCAGGGUUGGUUGUAUUGUGUUCUCUUGGCCUACGAGCGAAAGGAGACCAUUUAAAAAUGAAUUAUUAUAUGACAAAAUAUCUGAAAAACUUGAGUGUGUUGCUGGUCUCAAGAGAAUCAUUUUGUGAUCUAGUUUAGAUGGGUAGUUUAAAGACACUAAACAGGUUAUGUUGUAAUAUAUCUGCAUGUGAUAUGUGAGUGUAGUAGCUAGCUAGAUCUUUUUUUCAAGAAAAGCAAGAAAAAACGGACAAACAAAAUUCAACAGCAAACGCUUCUCUUCUUCCCUCUUCUUUUAUCUGUUCUGUACGUACCUUCUUUUCUCCUUUCUAAGUGUCCUGAAUAUGUCACCUUGUGUUUUAUGAAUGUUUGUGUUUUAAUUUAUUUGUGGUUUGCCAAAAUGAAGAUUUUCAAAGCAUGUCGCAGGGAUUGUCACCGAAGAAGAAAUAGAAACGAAAAAAUAACUGAAGGAAACAAAACUAUGAAUGAUAGCCCAGGCGUCAGUGUUCUGGCAGGGAGUUGUGUCCACAUCUUGGGGACUACACACCAAACUUUCUAUUAAGGUUGCUGUCCAUUGAAUAUGGAAAGCAACACAUAAUAGACACAAUAGUAGGAUUAUGAAAUCGUUCCAGAAAUAUGUCCCCUGAUUGACAUCAUCACCCUCCAAUGGGCUGAAGCGGAGGUGUGCCCCGCCCCUUACUGGUCUCAUGAUCUCAGUCCCAGUACAACCUCUGUGUUGCUUUAAUUACACCCACCGGGGUCUGACCUGUGACCUGGUUUUAUCGGUUCCUAUCACCCCCCACACAGGCCCAAGCCCCCCCCCCCCCCCCCCCCCCCCCCCAGAUAACAACACAAAGGGUUUCGGACAAGACCAAGAUCAUGGAUUUCAAAGAAAAUAAAAAAGACGAGAGGUCGUUGCAAGACCAAACAGGAAUGUGCAAUAAAAGCUACAGCUUAUUCAAACCCUGCA